AUGGCCAACCAGGAACCGAUAAUGAACAAAAUAGCAAAGAGACAAAUGAACUGGUAUGGGCAUCUGACGAGGAUGCAAUCCAAUAGAAUAACAAAAAAAGUUUAUGAAGCAAAAAAUAUCGGAAAAAGAAAAAGAGGCAGACCAAGAAAAAAAUGGAUACAGCAAGUAGUAGAGGCGAGAAAAUUUAAACAAAAAUCACUCGAGGAAUUGAAAAUAAUGGCAGGAAACAGAAAAGAAUGGAAGAGAUGUUCCACAGUGCUGGAUCGACUUGAAACAGCAAUGGCAAUGGCAGGUGUACAUGACAUCGGUCGCAGUAGCUUUAUUUGUAAUUCCAGCGUUAAUAAUAAGUGCGUGCUAUACAGUUAUUGUGUGGACCAUAUGGACGAAGAGCAAGCUACUUAUUCCCAUGGGACAUAUACCCAUUAGGCAAAUUAUCCUUUCAGGUGAGGACCUUCGAGAUAUUCCUCCACGGCAUUUACCAGAAGAUCACGAUUACAGAAGAGCAAGCUCCAGAGGAAUUAUUCCACGUGCCAAAAUAAAGACUGUAAAAAUGACUUUUGUCAUUGUAUUUAUGUUUAUCGUAUGCUGGAGUCCCUUUAUAAUAUUUGACUUGCUCCAAGUAUACGGUCACAUUCCUAAAACUCAAACCACCAUCGCCAUAGCGACACUCAUCCAAAGUCUGGCUCCUCUCAAUUCCGCCGCCAACCCCAUCAUCUACUGCCUUUUUUCGACACACAUGUGCGGCAACUUAAGAUGUGGCAAAAUACUGAAACAUUUAAACUUCAAUCCUUGCAGAAAGAUCCCUCCGUUUACAUGGUUGUCAAAAUGUAUAUCGAUCUGUAUACCUUCCUCCUGUUUUGGACACGACAACGCAUCCACGUUCACCACGACAACGACGAGUUCAUCGAGAAGAUCGACAUCGGCCACGUCCCUGAGGCACACCAUAAGAGUGCAACCUCCGUUGCAAAAUGGACACAAAGUGGCUAUUUCUAUUGUCUAGUCAUUUGUAGGUCUGUAAAGCUGACAGCUUUAUUUGUAAUCAUUCCAUUCAUAAUAAAG